AAUAAUUUAGUAAUUUACCAAAAAAUCCAGACAAAACAAAACAAAAAGAAAACUGCGCUCACACAGAAGCAGAACUCACCCUAACUCCAGAGAAAGAGAAGACCACUCACUCCCAGGUCGCAGCGAUUUCCCUCUCCUUUCGAUCGGACCCAGCAUUUCGCCUCCCCGCACUCUCUUCCUCCUGAAACCAUUCCCUCCCUCUCCGAUACUCUCCCGACGCAGUUCCACUAUGUUUUCUGAAUGACGUACUAAAGGCAGGAAUGGAAGUGGAUCAGGCAGCAGAAAGAGUGAACACUAAUUCUGGUGAUGAGAAAAAACUCACUGAAAACACUAGCAUGAAUGGAAAAGCUUCGGAGAAGAUCGAAAGCUGCUCUGAUUCCCGAGAUCGGAAGAAGAGUAAGUAUUUAUCUUAUCCAUACACAGACAUGGCACUGAAAAAAGGAUGUUUGCCGGAAGAACCAGAAGAUUUGAGGACUCCGCGUCCUACUCGCAAAGCUAAGAAUAAAAACAUAGCUACUAAGCUCGCUAAGGGAUCUUCUUCGUAUGCUAACUUGGUUAGCAAGAGGUUCCGAAAGAUCUGGUACAGAAAAUUUGUCAGCCCUAGUGCUAUACUCAGUAGUUCAGAAUUCAUAAAUGCAUCUUCAAAGGAGUUACUUUCGGGACUUUAUUCUAAGGCUGUUGAUUGUAUGUUUCCCAUGAAGGAUAAACGCUUUGAUUUAUUUGAGUCAUUCUUCUACAGAUAUAGAAUAUCAGAAUUUCAUGACGAGGCUGAACUUGCUAGUUCUUUGGUUAAUGUAAAUGGAGGAAAUACUGAGAAAACUGUGGGCAGUGAUGUACACAAUAAAAAAAAUGAGAAGAGAAAAAGAAAGUAUGAUAAAUUGGAGAAUAAAUUAAGGCCUAAGAUGAAAUCUCUUUCUGGGCUGUCGGAUGUGAAUAUAAGCUGUUCUUCUACAGUCGACACUAAGAAGCCUGUGAGAAAACUGAAACAAAGAAAGGUGGAAGAAGUAUCAUUAAUUCAGCUGGAAAAUUUGGAGAAGUCUUCAAAUGAGAGCAUUGGCGGAUACAUCUCAGUUCCUGAAGCUCCCCAAAGUCUAACUUGCCUUGCAUCUGAAAAUGCUGGGACAGAAAUGAAAAAUAAGGACGAAGCUGCACAAGGGCAUCAAAGUGCUCAAGCUGCUUCAGUUAAUACGCAAAGCACCAAAUGCAGUUCACUAAUAAUAGAUCUGCAACUAGAAUCUCCAUCCAUACCCAGUGGUAUUUGUCAGAAUAAUGGUGAAAAUAAAGAAGCCCUGGUUUUAAUGCGUCUAAAUCCAGAUUUAAAUGUAGCUCGAGAAGGAUUUGAUGGAAAUAAUACUUAUAAUGGCAUGUGCAAAAGUCCUGCUAAACUGGUUGUCGGUAAUGUCAUGGUUAAUGAAACGGGGUCUAAAUGCAGAAUGGAUAAAGUAUCAGAAAGAAAUCCAAUGAACGAACAUGUUACACCAGAGGUGGGUACUGUCAUGGUUAAUGAAACAGGAAUCAAAGAUAGAACAGAGAAAGUAGCAGAAGGGUGCCCUAGUACUAAACUUGCUGCAGAGAUACCUGAUUUGAAUGGUACUGUCUCUGAAUCCAAUUCAAUCUUAACAGAAUUUGACAAUGUCAGCAUACCUUCAUCUGAAUGGAAAUCAGAGCGGUCAAGAAUUUUAUCUACAUGUACGAGAACUAAAACUAGUUCUGGUAGAACAGAGGACAAUGGCGAAGCAGGUGGAAACUGUCUUCUUCUACGAUUUGCACCAGGGGAUUAUGUUCCAUCAAAAGAAGAUUUAAUGGCAGCGUUUUUCCGGUUUGGGCCCCUGAAGGCAUCUGACACGAAGUUGUUUAAGGACACUGCUAGUGCCCAAAUUGUUUUUGUCAAAAAUGCAGAUGCCGGAGAAGCUUUCCAUAGUUUACAGCAGAACAACCCAUUUGGUGCAGCUCUUGUAGACUGCAAGCUCCACCACCUUGCUGCAGCCUCUCCACCACCGACUCAAUUGAUAACCUCCGCUUGGCCACUUGGGUCUGUGGUGCAACCAAUGACCUCUCCUCUGCCGACUAGCUCCAAGGCACAAAAGAUGACCCCUACUCGGCCUAAUGGGUGCACAGGGCAAUUGAUGACCCCGACAAAAUUGAUGACCUCUACACAGCCAUUUGGGUCCCCAGUGCAAUUUAUGAACUCUCCUCGACCAAAUGGAUGCAUAGCGCAAUUGAUGACCACUACUCAGCCGACUGGGUCAACGAUGCAAAUGAUGAACCCUAUCCGGCCAACUGGGGCAACGAUGCAAUUGAUGACCCCUACUCGGCCAACUGGGUCGACAAUGCAAAUGAGGACCCCUAAGUGGCCUAUCGGGUCCACACCAACGCCUGGUGAGGCACAUCCUCCACUUAACAUUAUUAGGCAGAACUUGCAGAUGAUGACAUCAAUGCUGGAGAAUUCAGGGAAUAAUCUUCCUCCCCAGAUGAGAGCCAAACUGGAUAGUGAAUUAAAGAAUCUUCUGAGAAAGGUGAAUUCCAAGGCUGGUUCGUCUCCGCCGAAAUCUGAACAUUAGUAUUUAACAUUUCUGGUUAAAAGAGUUUAAUAGAAUAGGUUUAACUAGGUUUCUGUUUUGGUCCUGUUUCAGCUGUUGCACUGUUGCCAUUCAUUGACUUGUGCAAUUCUUUUUGGGAGAGUGCCUGAAAAUAUUUAAAGAUUAUCGCGGUUUAUCUAACAAUUUAAAUUAUUGCUGUACCCUACAUAACAUCUAAUUUUUU